UUUUAAAAUCUUUAGGCGUGAAUGGGGAAUUGUCUUUCCCAGCAGAUAACUUGUACAUUUACAUUUGUAUUUUCAUUCCACAAGCAUGAUUAAAGCAAACGUCAUUGCAUAAGGGCAAGUCAUUAUUUUCUCACUGAAAGAAACCCUGUUUACAGUAUGAUUUAACUGAUCAAAAUAAACAAAACUGGCACACAUCAAAGCACAAAUUCUGCAGAUAAUUUAUAGGUGGACCUACUACUGUGAAAUAACCUGUGAUCAGGCAUUCGUUUUUCCCCUUCCCCCAUUUGCCCCUUUCCCCAAAAGAAAAAGAAAAAACACACCUGAUUGGAGGAUCACCGUGAAACACAAAAAACAGGAAGACCAUAAAUGCUUAUGGAAUGAUAGUCUGAAGCUAGGAAAAAGCCAAUUAGGCAUGGGAAAACUAAACUGCAAACAGCGACAGUAGUUUGUGAAAUUUUAGGUUUGCUUGCAUGUCAUCAACUUUAUUUUGAUUGGUGAGUACGCAUUUAACUUGUCAGAAUCAAAUCAAGGGUUUGUGGGUUUUUUUUUCUUGCAUAGUCAAAAUUGAUCAUAGUGCAUAAGUUCUGUAGUGACUGUCUAACUCAUGUUGUUCCUGUUUAGCUAGUUGCUAAUUUCUGAUUUCUUUUGAUGCUUAUAGUUCAUUUUGUCAGUGACAAAAACUCCAGAGAACUUUUCAAUAGCUUUUUUUUUGUAUUUGAGAAAAUCUGCCAAGCCACAUGAAUACUAAAUCCAACAGAUGUACAUCAAGUUUGAAAAGACAUCUGAAAGUUCACACUGGCAACAAACACUACAAAUGCACCCAGUGUAAGAAAUGUUUUAACUACUCAUCGCAUUUGAAAAGACACAUGAGGAUUCACAGUGGUGAGAAACCCUACAAAUGCACUCAGUGUCAGAAAUGUUUUAACCGCUCAUCAACUUUGAAAAGACACCUAAGGAUUCACAGUGGUGAGAAACCCUACAAAUGCACUCAGUGUCAGAAAUGUUUUAACCGCUCAUCGAAUUUGAAAAGACACCUAAGGAUUCACAGUGGUGAGAAACCGUACAAAUGCACUCAGUGUAAGAAAUGUUUUAACUGCUCAUCGACUUUGAAAAGACACCUAAGGAUUCACAGUGGUGAGAAACCCUACAAAUGCUCUCAGUGUAAGAAAUGUUUUAACCAAACAACAAACUUGAAACAACAUAUGAGGAUUCACUGUGGUGAAAAACCCUUCAAAUGUGACCAAUGCUGUAAAUCCUUCAAGUAUAAUAAGACUUUAAAAGGACACAGAUGCAGUGAAUGUUCUCCUGAAGACAGAGAAAACUUUACCUGCUGGAUGUGUGGAGAGUACUGUCAUAAUGUAUGUGGGAUUCUCUUUCACAUGUCUGAACAUGGUAUGCGGAAAUUUUGAUACUUAGGAAAGUUGGGUUAUACUCCUGUUUGAGAAAAAAAAUGUCAAAUAGGAAUUUAUAUGAUUAAUGAUCACGACUUGUAACAUUCACAGUGGACCAGUACCUUACAGAUUUUCAUUAGCUAUUAUCUAAAUCAAUGACACAACUGGUUUGAGAAUUCUUAAAAUCCCAGACUACAUUAGGUUUUAUGCUUUGUUAGUUCCUGUUGGUGUUGUGACUAAUCUUUCUAUUCUAUUUUAUUGUUGAAAUUAAAUGUACAUUUUGAUUUAAUAGGCUUUUUUCCCCUUGACACUCAGUCAGUCAGUCACAUAGCAUUUUAACUAUCUUGGUAGUUGGAAAGUUGGGAUAUUAGAUUAGUUAUUCAUUAACAUUAGAGUCCAGCGCAGAUGCUUAUUGAGCUCGUCAUGGCAUGAUGAAGAGAUUCCUGUUGCGCAUUAAGAUAUUAUUCUAGGUACAAAGUGAAAGAGGUUGUCAGUUUGUAGUAGUUGAUAUUGCAAUUAUUUGGCUGCUUCGGUAAGUUUUCAAGACUAGUGUUGUAUUACGUUGUGACCACUCGAACCAAGCCAGAUGGGCCAAAUAGCUAUUUUCAACUUUGUUCACUUGGGCAGAGUUAAUUAUGCAAUCAAAACGUUAAUUGAGAACAAAGGCUGACGAUAUCUUUUUUUUGUAAAUGAACCGCUGACUUUGAAGAAUAUAAACAAGAAGUUGUUGAUCUCUCAGGAAACUGUAAUAUUUUUUAUUAAUUAGUUUUGAUCUUAUUUUUUUGAAACAGUUUUAGAAUUUUUCAGCAAAUAAAAUGUUACAGGUAAGAGUCUGACGCAAAAAUUCCCGCAAAGGAAACAAAACACCCAAGUGAGAUAGAAUUCAAAGGGUGCCGACGGUUGAACAACAACAAGUUUAUUGAUCGGAAUUAAUUAUAUGAGAUGAGACAUAAUUAUAUAUAUUAUCAUUAUCAUUUAGGAUCGAAACUAACAAAUCAUCAAAUUAUCAGGUUUUCCAAGAGGCACACAACUUCUUGCAACUUUGUUGGGUUUCAAAUUUUGUUGUCGAACAAUGUUAUUUGCAUUCUUAAGUUUCACUGGUUCGUUUACACAAAAAGACACCAUCCUUUGUUUUGCUGAUGUUCCAAGUGCUCUGUUUGUGUUCAUUGGUAUUGAAUUAUGUUGCAAUGAAUACUCUGUAUUAACCAGGUUUAUUAUAGAAGUUGUGUUUCAGCUGCCAGACACAAAUGGCUGUAUCAUGUUUUAUUCAUGUAUCUCUCUGUAAUAAUUAGAUGUAGAUGUAGACCAGAAAUGGCAGGUUAACAUCCUGGCUACUGGGUUGUUUCUUUUUCUUCUUUCUCUAGUUGAAACUUCUGACUGACUUCCUGUAGUCACACUACCUUCUCAUAGGGGUGGUUUCUGGCAUUCAAAGUCUCCUAGCAAAAGGAAGGCCUCCUGACUCGUCCCCAGGACUUGACUCUUCCCAGUCGUAUGUUUCAUUUAUCAGCCCUUGCGUAACCCCAGUGAUUUGGAUAUCCCAGAGUUUUGUGUACCCACGUACCCUGGUGUUUUGGUAUCCCAAAUAGGGAUACCCAAAACACUGAAAGCGUAAAACUGGGGAAAGGGAUACCAAAAUUCUGAAAGUAUUGAGCUGGGGCAAGUAAAAAAACCAAAAACCAUUUAUCUUACAAAGCUUUGUUUCAAUAAAUUUAGGCGUUCUUCACCUUGAUGUAGACACACUACUCCAAAAUAGUCGCAACAGACUGUGAUCAGAGUCCCCAUUUAUUCUCCUAGAUUUUGACACGUUGGUUUAGAACCAAUGGAGUAAGUGGGUCUAAGUGGACUUAUAUUUUUUGAUGCAGUUUCAAGCUCCUUAAUCAGUUGAGUAAUAUUCUUCUGAAUGCCAGUAAUGUUAUUGAGCGCAAAGUGUCUGAAUGAUACUUAUGGUGGUGAGCAAUCAUUGGAAAUCGAAGAUAAUGACACAACUAGUGACUUGGAGCUGGGGCUUAGUUUUGCUAAAAAGCUAUUGUUUGACCAAAAAGAUAGAUUUCCCGAGGAGUAGGUACAAAAAUGUACAAUAUUCCACUUUGGAGCAUGCGUGUAAGCCAAAAUUUGGACUUGAAGGUUAACUAGUAAUAAUCAAAGGUUAGGAAGUGCACGUGAGGACGAUGCAUUGUACUUUUGGGUUAAUAAAAAUGUAACAGAGUUGUACUA